ACAGCCUCAGCUCAGAGGAGACAAGUCAAGCUAACGAUGCGAGUUGUGUGCUGAAGUUUGUAAAGUAAACUAAACAACCAUUAAAAUAGAUGAGUAGGAGUUAACCUGCUGUUCGCGAUUAUUAAGGACCUUAAAAAAACCUAAGUGACAUGGAUAUCGCCUCGUAUUUACAGUGUUUUGAAAGAAGUUUGAGCUCAUACACGGGAGACGAUCCUCUGGAUCCAUGGGACAAGUUUGUGGAGUUCCUGGAGCAAAGACUACCCGCAGACGGUUGCAGUGGGAUGUCAGCCGUGUUCGACAGUCUUGUACAGAGGUUUUUGAAUGUCGAGCGAUAUGCAAAUGACAUCAGAUAUGUGAGCUACUGCAUCAAAUGUGCGAGUUAUUAUUCUGACCCCGUAGUGCUGUAUAGUCACAUCUUCAGUAAAGGCAUCGGCACCAGGACUGCUGCGCUUUACGUGGCCUGGGCACAGCAGUUUGAGCAGAGGGGCAUGAAUGAACAGGCUGAUGCUGUGUACCAGAAAGCAAUGGAGAACCAAGCCCAGCCAGCUGACACUGUUCUCCAAGAAUACAGGCAGUUUCAUGCAAGAACCAGAAGCCAGACACCAGGAUCAGCAGGUGGUCGAAAUCCUUUGCAGAGCUUCCAGUUAACCAAUCAGAUGUCAUCCCACAGAGAGCCAGUCGCUCAGAGCAAGGCCUCUGUGGAUUGUCUGUCCAAACCACCUGCCAGUAAAACAACCAUGAUAGUUUCCCGCUCUGAGACUUCAGGGGCUAUUUCUUCUAGUCAAGGCUCCAGUGCUCAGACUGUGCCAGAAUACAUGAAGGAUGAACUCGUCUGUGAAGGAUCUGAAUUAUGCUUUGAGGAGGUGAGAGCGGAGACAUACUUCCGUAAGCUCCGGGAGAGACAGGAAAAGGAGCACAGAGAAAACAUGGAGAAGUUGUUGAGGACGCAGGAGGAAGGCAUCCUGAUGAUCAAAUCUAUGCUGGAGAAAGUUAACCACAACCUGGAGGCCUGUGGUGGUUCAGCCGAGCAACCUUCACCACAGAUGCUGUCUCUUGUAGAAACAGCCACCAGUUUGAACGUUAACCCUACCCAGCAGCCCUUUGGGCACCCUCGGCCCUCAAACCGCCUGAGCAGCAGACGCUCUCUUGGCUUAAGAUUACACACUGAGCCGACCUUCAUGCAAGAGGCCACCGCCAUCACGGAGGCUCCUCAGCAGCAGAACCAAUCCAGGCCAAACCCUCUGAGCUCCGAGGUAUCUCGUCCUCCCUCUAUCCUGGCAGACAGGAGCGUUCAUUUCCCAAAAUCAGUGUCCACAGACCCAGCGUCUCUCAUCCAGACCUCGAUGGUUCAGCAGCCGGUCAGCUUCGAGCAGAUGAACCUGUCGCUCCACAGACCCGCCUGUGGUCCUGCUGUGAACUCUGAUGUUCUCUGCCAGGACACUCCAGUUCAGCCCGGCAGCGAGAGCGGUCGACCCCAGGAGCACAGCACCACGCAUCAGGAUGUCAGUCAGUUGCACGAGCCCGAGGAGAAACUCAAUGUGUCACAGGGGGGCACAGGUAACCUGUCUCACAUCACUCCUAACAAUUCACUGGGCUUUGUUCAGGCCACACCAUCAAGGGUGCUGCCAUCACCCACUGUCAACACGCGGGAAGCACUGGAUGUUAUCAUGGACAUGUUCCAGGCUCCGACUCUGUUAGAAGAUCCGUUCACCAACACGUCAGUGCUCCACGCUGCUGAGAAGGGCUUUGAUCCUGGAUACCCAAGAAAUGGAGGCGCCUCGUCGUUCACUAACCCUCCCACGACGACCCCGUUCACCAUUUUCCAGGACGACACCGACAAAGAAAACGGCAGUGCUGCUGCUCCCUCUGCGGCUGAGAAGCCUCGACCAAUCAAAGCCCUGGCUGAAAUCGCAGUGUCUAAGCCAGACAAAUCCAAUGAGACUCCUCCGGAUCUGAUGCCCGAUGAAAGCACCAUGUGGGGAGCUCGCUACAACUCCCUCAACUCUCUGGCUGCGUGUCCCAACAGCACCACGGACUUCGCCAUGCUGGCCCAGUUUGUCUCCACUCCAUUCACACACAAAACGCCUUUCAACAGCAACUUUUACCAGGACCAAGAGAACAACGGUGGUGUCGGUGAUGCUGACGACGAGGAUUUUAUCAGACGUCAGCCCAAAAAACUCAGCCCCAUCAUGGAGCAGAGUCCGUCUGAUGAGAAGCUCUCUGAAACAGCCGUCAGUCAGCUGGUUCCUUCCUCAGCAAGACACGGCACCAUCGUCGGUGAAGGACUUGCCACCGGCCAGCACUGCCUGACCUCCUCCUCCAUCACCAUGGUGCAGCCUCCUCCUCCCGCUGUGCUCUCCUUCAGAGACCAGACGCUCUGUCCCACCGACUCCUCCAUAGCCAGGACCACAGGACCCGGGUGGGAGGUGUACACGAGCCCGGAGCAGCCGCCCAAACAAGCCCCUCUGAUCUCACGGCAGCCUGAGAGCACAGUCAGACCCAAAAGCGAACCUUUUAAAAUCAUGGAAGAUGCAGACAGACCCACCAGUCCAGACCAAGCUCAGCAACCAGCCGGUGAUGUUGCCAUGAGUCCACAGUGUGCUCUCAGAUCGGACUGGCUGGCCAUCAGAAGCCCUGUGGUCAUAGACCAGCCAGAUCUAGACGCCUUCCUCAGUCCCCUUCGACCCAAGACAGUCCCCAGUGAGACCCAGGACGUUCCUAUGAGUCCAGAGCAGCCCCAGCUGUGUUCCGUCGUGCCCAUGAGCCCGGGGCAGCCGCCACAGUUCUGCACUGUGGAUGAACCCAUGAGUCCGGACAGAAGGCUGAUGACAGGUGCUGACGUGUCCAUGAACACAGCAACACCGAGGACAGCCAGGACAGGAGCCGUCCGGCUGGUGUCAGAUCCCUGGGAUAAUAAACUGAUCUCUGACCUGCUGUCAUCACUCACCCCGCCUCUGACCUCUCACCCCUGCUGCAUCACCUGGCAGUGCAACGUACCCAACAUCACCCCGAAGAUGACUAUCAGCAUGGGAAAGGCCUCCCUGCGAGUCGACUGCAUCCUCGGUGAAGGUGCUUUUGCAACAGUCUACCAGGCUACUGACCCCAUGACCUCAGAGAAGAUGGUGUUAAAGGUUCAGAAACCAGCCAAUCCCUGGGAGUUUUACAUCAACACUCAGCUGGACGCUCGGCUGCAGCCCGACGUCCGUCAUCUUUACAGCAGCGUCCGCUCAGCUCAUCUCUUCCACAACGGAAGCGUUCUGCUCGGGGAGCUCCACAGCUACGGCACUCUGCUGAAUGCAGUGAACAUGUAUAAAGCCCUGAGCGAUAAGGUGAUGCCUCAGCCUCUGGUCAUGUACUUCACCAUCUGUAUCCUGCACAUGGUGGAGCAGCUGCACAGCGUCCACAUCGUCCACGCAGACAUCAAACCCGACAACUUCCUACUGGGAGAGAGGUUCUUGGAUAACAAGUGCUUUGACUCUGAGAACGUGGACCACGGCCUCGUCCUCAUCGACCUGGGACAGAGCAUCGACAUGGAACUUUUCCCAGAAGGCACUGCUUUCACCACCAGGUGUUUGACGUCAGGCUUCCAGUGUACAGAGAUGCUCAGUGGGAAACCGUGGAGCUAUCAGACAGACUACUUUGGAAUAGCAGGGACAGUGUACUGUAUGCUGUUUGGGACGUACAUGCAGGUCAUGAAUGAAGGUGGAGUCUGGAAGACAAACGCAGUAUUUAGAAGAAACCCGCACAGCGACCUGUGGCUGGAGUUCUUCCACACUCUGCUGAACGUGCCGGACUGCGUCUCCCUGCCGAGCCUGAGGAGCCUCCGCGGCAAACUGACAUCCGUCCUGCAGCAGAACUACGGCAGCAAACUGUCCACGCUCAAGAGCCGCCUGGUGGUUCUGCUGCUGGAGAGCCGCAAGGCAGCUCGGCGAUGAUGGCGGCUGACACCGGCAGACUCGUUUACCCUGAACCGCUUCACUCCUCGCUCUUCUUCUACCUCCUCUGUUCUUUUUCCAUAUUUUCUUUUUUGUUUUUUUUCCUUAGUUUAUCCUUUUAUUUUCUACAAACCAAGAAAGAAACCCUUAAAACUACGUCUUAUCCUCCUUUUUUAAACCGGAUCAAACUGAUGCACAGAGAUCAGCUGAAUUUUAAAGGUUUGGUGAAACGUCACUGGAGGAAGAUUUGAGCAGAUUUAGUCUGAACUGAAUUUGUACAUAUAAAAAAUGUAAUUAUUAUUUAGUUGAUCUUUACAAUUUCAUGUUAUCUGCUUCCAAACAGAGAGACUUCUGGGAGGGAUAACUUUUUCUCAAAAGAAUAAACUUUGUGUUGAAGUUCAGUAGAUUAUCUUAUUUCUUAUUUUGCU